AUUUGCAUUAUUGUGCGAAAUGCUAGCACUGGGGAAAUCAUUUUCGAUUCAUCCGACUGCUGCGCAGCAAUUAAAUUAUAAUAAUACAAAAACAAAACCGAGCCAUAUAAUUUUGUUUAAUUAGAAGAAAUCAUUGGGGCGGAGUACAAGGCAGGCCAAUGAUAUCUAAUGCGUAUCCCAAGCAGCUUACAUUUCUGAUUACAUUUUAAAGACAAUCCUCUUAUAUUGGAAUCUGAUAAGACGCAAUGCUUCGUUCGUUCGUUCGUUUACCCCAGCAAUAAGCGGCUAGCGACGCAAUGCAAUCAUCGACUGAUGCGGGCAACGAUGGCACACGUAAAUACCCAGCACAGCAACAGCAUAGCCAGACGCAAUCAGCAGCAGGAGCAGCAGCAGGAGCAGCAGCGGGAGCUCGAGCAGAGGGCGCGGCAGCAGCAGAAGCAGACGCAACCACCAAUCAGACGACGUCCUUUACCAUAAAUGACAACAGUCAGCCUACCAGUCUGCCGAGCAAAAAUCCGUUUAAACAACAGUUGGACAGCUAUCAACAAAAUGGCAACAUGGACACAGAGUGUGGCAUUAUGGGCACUGGCGGAGCUGUUGGCAGAGAGAGCCAAGAAAGUCAAUCUUACGGAGCCCACAAGCUAGGCAGCAGUCACCCGCCGCCGGAUCAAUAUCGACAGGAGGAUCCACGUGCAGCAGGGACCUGGUCAGCCGCCAAGUCAUGGAUGGUCAGCUGGCGUGGCUCCAACCGGCUCGUCCUGGUCAUCGUGGCCAUAGCUCUGCUGCUCGACAAUAUGCUACUAACAACUGUGGUGCCCAUCAUACCCGAGUUCUUAUACGACAUACGACAUCCGGACGCACCUCUCGACAGCUACCCGCGCACUCCUCUCACCCUCAACACGCCUCCCCCGCCCACGACCUGUCCAUGUAAGGACGGUGCGAAUGAUGAGACGGCCCCGGUAGAGAUUGUCACGCCAAGCGCCGAAGACAAUGAAACGUAUUAUCGUGAGCUGGAGGAACGGCAUAAUGAAUUGGUCGGCGAAACGGUUGAGGUAGGUCUCCUUUUUGCAUCUAAGGCGAUUGUGCAAUUGCUGGUUAAUCCAAUUGUGGGACCCCUGACCCAUCGCAUCGGCUACAGCAUACCAAUGUUUGCCGGCUUCGUAAUAAUGUUCCUCUCUACGUUGAUCUUUGCCUUUGGGCGUUCAUAUCUGGUUCUAUUCAUCGCUCGAGCCCUUCAGGGCAUUGGCUCAUCGUGUUCCUCCGUUUCUGGCAUGGGAAUGCUCGCAGAUCGCUUUACAGACGACAAAGAACGCGGUAAUGCCAUGGGCAUCGCCCUAGGUGGACUCGCACUUGGUGUCCUCAUUGGACCGCCCUUCGGAGGCGUUAUGUACGAGUUUGUCGGCAAGUCGGCGCCGUUUCUAGUGCUGGCUGCUUUGGCCCUGGGCGAUGGAUUACUGCAGCUGUUCAUGUUGCAGCCAUCCAUUCAGAAGGCCGAGUCAGAGGAGCCACCAUCUCUGAAAAGUUUAAUAAGCGAUCCAUACAUCCUGAUAGCUGCUGGGGCCAUAACUUUUGCUAACAUGGGCAUUGCCAUGCUAGAGCCGUCCUUACCAUUGUGGAUGGUUGACAACAUGGGGGCAACACGCUGGGAGCAGGGCGUGGCGUUUCUGCCCGCUUCUAUUAGCUAUUUGAUUGGCACAAAUCUGUUUGGGCCACUUGGACAUAAGAUUGGACGAUGGUUUGCGGCCUGCCUGGGCCUGGUUAUCAUUGGCGCUUGCUUAAUAUUUAUUCCCAUGGCUACCUCUAUUACACACCUGAUUAUUCCCAAUGCCGGCCUUGGCUUUGCUAUCGGCAUGGUUGACUCAUCGAUGAUGCCCGAACUGGGCUACCUUGUGGAUAUUCGCCACUCGGCUGUUUACGGCAGCGUCUAUGCCCUGGGCGAUGUUGCCUUUUGCGUUGGCUUUGCGGUCGGCCCGGCUCUAUCGGGAUCCCUUGUAAAGAGUAUUGGGUUCGAGUGGAUGUUGUUCGGCAUUGCCAUACUCUGUUUCUUAUAUGCACCGCUAUUGACGCUUCUCAAGAACCCACCAACCAGCGAUGAAAAGAAGGUGCGUAUGGCUAGAGAGGCUGCUGCAGCUGCGGCUCAAGCCGUUCUCGAUGAUUCAAAAGCAAAAGAAAUUCCAUUUUGCCCAUCCAUUAACACUUCAGUCGAUGUGAAAGGCAAAUCGAAUGAGGCGUUUGAAAGUGAACGAUUAUGAUUACUUUAUUCUUUUCUGUUCUAAGACUCUUUAUAUUAACUGAUAUGAUUAUUUUGUAAACGUUUUCAUAUUUUCUGUAUAUUGUACACCUA